AUGCACUUUGAAUGUUGGUGCAGCGACAAGGGGUUCACGGCGAGCAUGCCAAAAUGUGCUGUGAUGUGCUUUGAGGCCACACCUAGGGGCAAGCAGCUCGCAGAUCACCUGAUUCUGCUGUAUGGCGACCCGAUCCGGUGGGUUGAAGAAUACAAGUACGUCAGGACUAUCUUCUACAGUACCGAUGCAGACAUCUUCUCCCACCACUUUGACUAUAAGGCCCGAUGGGUCAUAUGGGUGGCAAAUGUUACGCUUCCUUCGGAGUCGAUGAUGGGAACACUGCCACCUAGGGAGGGCAGGAUUAUUUAUCUUACACGCAUUGAUACAGCGAUGAUAUUUGGUUAUAAGGUUGCAAGCACCAUAACCGAAGCCAAUAUCGCGAAGUUGGAGAAGAUCCUGAAACGAAAUACCUGGCCAAAUACGUUGUUGAAUGCACCAUCAAGCGCUGUACCUGCAACCUUCCCGCCAAUCUUCCCAACACCCAUCCCACCACUCGAACUAGUCCCCCUUCGAAACAGUCCACCUUUCCCUUUCUCAUUCAAAGCCGAACCUACAUCGAGGGUCAGCUGGGACGCGCUUGGAGCAUCGGACGGCUUUGGGCACUUGGCUUCGUUCAGAGUUUCCGACAUCGAAAGCUUUCGUUUGGUGACCACCGGAGGUAUCGGGGCGGAUGGAAAUGUGGUUGAUUUUGGAAGUGUCGGGGUGAAAACAGUGGAUCCUGGGCACGUCAACGACUUUGGAAUAUCAGAACGGCAGACAUACCCUCUCCUGAAUGAGCCUCACGACACUAAUAAAGGCAUCAACACGAGCUUUGUUAGGUUUCUUCAGAUCCAUGAGCUGCGUGUCUGGGUAGCAGAAGUGGCGAAGUGUAUUUGCGCUAAGGAGACCGCACGAAUCGCCGUCACCUGGUGCUUGAGAGGAACAUGGCAGUGA